AUUUCUUCCAUAAAUUCCCAGAGGAAAAUGGCAGUAGGAAAUCACUCCUCAGUGACUGAGUUUAUCCUUGCUGGGCUAACCAAGCAUCCAGGACUCCAGCUGCUCCUUUUCCUCCUCUUCCUAGGAAUCUAUGUGGUCACGGUGGUGGGGAACCUGGGCAUGAUCACACUGAUUGGGCUCAGUUCUCACCUGCACACCCCCAUGCACUAUUUCCUCUGUAGCUUGUCCUUCAUUGACCUCUGUCAGUCCACUGUCAUUACCCCCAAAAUGCUGGUGAGCUUUGUGACAGAGAAGAAUACUAUCUCCUACCCAGCAUGUAUGACUCAACUCUUCUUCUUCCUUGUUUUUGUUAUAUCAGAAUGUCAUAUGUUGGCUGUAAUGGCAUAUGAUCGCUAUGUUGCCAUCUGUAACCCCUUGCUUUACCAUGUCACCAUGUCUUAUCAGCUCUGUUCUUGCAUGGUAGUUGGGGUUUAUAUCAUGGGCUUGACUGGUGCCACAGUUCACACAGGCUGCAUGCCAAGAGUGCUUUUCUGCAAGGGUGAUGUGAUCAACCACUACCUCUGUGAUCUUUUUCCUCUACUGGAGCUCUCCUGCUCCAGUACUUACAUAAAUGAGGUGAUAGUUUUGUGUUUCAGCACAUUUAAUAUCCUCACCCCAAUCCUGACCAUCCUCAGCUCCUACAUCUUCAUCAUCUCCAGCAUCCUCCACAUUCGUUCCACGGAGGGCAGGUCCAAAGCCUUCAGCACAUGCAGCUCCCACAUCGCUGCUGUUGUUAUCUUCUAUGGAUCUGCAGCAUUCAUGUAUCUGCAGCCAUCAUCAGUCAGCAGCAUGGAGCACGGGAAAGUGUCCUCUGUGUUUUACACCAUUAUUGUGCCCAUGCUGAAUCCCCUAAUCUACAGCCUGAGGAAUAAAGAUGUCAAAAUUGCCUUCAAUAAAAUCCUUGAAAAAAGAAGUUUCCUGUGA